AUGGAAAGUAGUAAUAAGCCUUUUUGUUGUUGGGUUCUUUUGGCCUUUCUCAUUCUUUCAUGCUUUGUGGCUCAAACUCAUGGGUGGAUGAUGAGAGAACGUCUUCUACAUCCUUACAAGUUCACGCUGAAGCCAUAUUUUGGUGUAGACGACACAAAUCUUUUCGAGGCAAUUGACGACGUCGUCGAUGAGACCAAUAUUAAUGUCCUUAUUCCUCAGGAGGGCUCAAAGGAAAAAGAUAGGAUUGAGAGACUGCCUGGACAACCUCCAGUGAAUUUUUCUCAAUAUGGUGGUUAUGUCACCGUGGAUAAAUCAGCAGGUCGUGCGCUUUAUUAUUACUUUGUCGAAGCUCAGCAUUCCAAGGAUACAAUGCCUCUUCUUCUUUGGCUCAAUGGAGGCCCAGGUUGUUCAUCUCUGGCUUAUGGAGCAAUGCAAGAACUUGGACCAUUUCGCGUGCUCAGCGAUGGCAAAACACUUUUCACAAACAAAUUUUCUUGGAAUUCUGCUGCGAACGUUUUGUUUCUUGAGUCACCUGCUGGGGUGGGAUUUUCAUACUCCAAUACAACAUCAGAUUACAACAAAAUGGAGGAUAGAAACAUUGCAAUGGAUAAUUAUGUGUUUUUGGUGAAUUGGCUUGAGAGAUAUCCUGAGUACAAAAACCGAGCUUUUUAUAUUUCUGGAGAGAGCUAUGCUGGGCAUUAUGUUCCUCAGCUUGCACAAAUCAUUCUCUACAAUAACAAAAAGGCUAACAAGACCAUUAUCAACCUCAAAGGGAUCAUUAUUGGAAAUGCAGUAAUGAAUUUUGAAACUGAUACACAAGGCAUGUACGAUUACCUUGCGACACAUGCUAUCGCUUCGGAUCGAGAUGUGUCUGAAAUACGACAAAGAUGUAUCCCAUUCAAAGAUCCCGCCAAUAUCUCCCUUGUGUGCAGUGCAGCCAUGAACGUAGUUAACUCCAUUAUGUUCGACAUUGAUUUAUAUAACAUCUAUGCUCCCCUGUGCAUUUCUCCCAACACAACAUUCCAGCCCAAGAAAGCUUCUAUAUUUAAAUUUGAUCCAUGUAGCGACAAUUAUGUGUAUGCUUAUAUGAAUCGGCCUGAGGUUCAAGAAGCCCUUCAUGCCAAUGUAACUAAACUUACACACGAUUGGCAGUCAUGCAGUGAUGUCCUAAAUUUCACAGGAAUAGACCCCCCAUCAACCAUCAUUCCCCUUCUACGGGAGUUCAUGGCCAAUGCACUUCGAGUUUGGAUUUAUAGUGGCGACGUUGAUGGAGUGGUUCCUGUUACUGCGACAAAGUACUCUAUAAACUCAAUGAGUCUUCCUGUAAAGACUGCUUGGCAUUCUUGGUUCCUCAAUAAAGAGGUUGGUGGCUACACAGAAUUGUAUGAGGGAGACCUAACAUUGGUGACAGUGAGAGGCGCAGGGCACCAAGUGCCGAGCUAUCAGCCUGCCAGAGCACUUUCUUUGAUCAAGCACUUCCUUGAUGGCAUGCCUCUUCCUGGCACUAAAAUUAAGUGAUUGAGCUUAGGCUUUUUGAGUGCCAAAUUAUUUUUCAUUUGAUUGGUUUCAACUACCAUGAUUUAUAAAGAA